AUGGAACCGGCGAAAAAUUUGCCGCUAUUGCGGGAUGAAAGGUUCAUUUUUUUCUUAAAUAUUUUGGAAAUCCAUGGUUUUAUUACUUUUUCAUCACAGAAAAAAAGCUAUGUAAUUUCACUAUUAGCAUCCAAAAAAAUUGGUUUAAAAAGAAACUGAUUUUUUUCGAUUUUUUUAAACGAAUACUAUCGAAAUGAAUGAUUUUAAUUUGCUCAUAACUAGAUUAAUUUGCUGAAAAAAAUGCGAAUUUUCAUUACUUUUCCUCAAAAAAAUCGAUUAAACAGUGUAAUUUUUUUCGAUGAUUCAUGACUCAUUCCAAGUAUUUUUUUCUCGAUUAAGAAAGAAUUUACAUUCUUAUUAAUAUAAUAAUAUUUUUUUCCAGACCAAUACCAUAUUUGGAAGAUUCGGCCAACGAUUUCAUCGAUGAAUAUGAUGAAAAUGAUACGGCUCAAAGGGCGGCCAGGCCUCAAGGUUUUCCUUUUUUUUUCUUGAAUAAAAAUGCUUUUUUUAAAUAAAUUUUUAGACUAAACAGUUCUUAUUUGCUGUAUGACUUGAAAAAAACGCCGCGAAGCUUUUUGAAAUUUUUUUAUUUUCGAAGUUUUUUUAAACUUCCUAUGUAUUUCAAGGCAAGGAGACGUUUUCAGUUAAAUAUUGAAACUGUUGAAUUCAGAUUUUCAUGUUACUUUUAAGUGAUUUAUGAACUGCGAAAAACGCUCUAGACCUUGAUAAGUUUUUAUUUCGAGGCCAGUAGUUUUCAAUUUCAUUGAUUCAUUGAUUUGAACAGAAUGUCAAUAAGUUUCACAUAGUCAAGUUUGUUGCAAAAAUAAUUUAUAUAUUGUUCAAAAUGAGCGGAAGUGUUGACUUAUAAGAUGGGAGAAUUCGUUCGUCCCGAAACCUUUUUGAAGUUUCAUAUACUUACAGGCGAAGUCUUGAAAAAAAAUUUGGAGGUUUUAAUCUUUUUAUGUAAUCAGAACUAUUGACUUUUUGACUUCUUAUUUGAUUUGCGUUAAUUUUGAUUUGGAAAAAAAUAAAUCAUUUGUAAUUUUGCUCAAAAAUUUUUUUAUAGAUUCUUCGGCUCCUAUAGAAUUGUUCAAAGUUCUGUUUUCUUUUUUUCAAUCGUUUUUUUCAGUUACGAUCAAAAAAAGGGCAAAAGCAAGUGCGGAAUUCAAUAAGUUAAGUAGGAUGGGUUGAAUUGAGAAAAUUUAAACCGUAAACCUCAGAAAGUCAGUACUGGUUUAAUUUGCGAAGAAUUUAGACGGCCUUUUGAAAUGGUCAGCCAAUUUAUACUAUAGAAACUUAGAAUUUUCACGGACAGACCCAGAUAAAUCCUUGUUUUUUUAAGGAGCGACGGUGGUGUGCAGAGUUUGCGACGCGACGAUCGCCUUGGAGGGUCGGGAUAAUCAGCACGUCGUCAAGUGCCACAGUUGCGAGGAGGCGACGCCGAUCCGUCCCGCUCCGGCCGGCAAAAAGUAAACCUUUUUUGGAAUUUCAAAACACAAGGAGAAAUAAGAUAGGGUUUUGUGUUGAAGAUUUGAACGUCUAGGAGGUGGUUAGAAAGUUCAAUUUUUUUUCAUUUAUUCACUUUUGAUUAGUAAGAAGUUUUAAAUCGCAGAAUUUCUGAAUUUUUGCUCGUUUCGUUUUCCAUGAUUUUUCCAUAUUUUUUUAAAGCUUUUUUUCUUUUUCUUUUUUUAUGAUUUCGCUAAAGGAUCCGUAUAAGAAAAUUAAAAGCGAGGAAGUUAAGAAAAAAAGUCGGAGGAAGAUUUGUCGGAAAGUGUAAAAACGAUAUGAAAAAAAUCGGGAAGUUUGCUGUUUUUUAAAUUUCAUACCAUCUCGCUUUAGCUAAAAAUUUUUUAAAAAUGAUUCGCUGUUCAGUUUUUCUUGUUUAAUUCUGUUCUCAUCGUUAUUUUUUCAUUUUUUGAUUUUGUUUGAAUUUUUGGAACAAAGCUUUCAUAGUUGAAGGAUCGUAAAAUGUAUGUCAAGUUUUUUUUAAAAUUUAAAUUUUCGAUUUCAAUCUGUUUGCUUAGAAUUGCGCAGUGUUGAUCGUUUAUUGGCUAGAUUAUUUUGAUCAUAUUUCUAAUUUUUUUCUGCAAAGAAAAAAAGUAGCUCGAAUGAAAAAAAUUGAGGAAUCUUUUGCAGAUACGUCCGCUGCCCCUGCAAUUGCCUGUUGAUUUGCAAAGCGGCCUCGACGCGAAUCGCCUGUCCCAGGAAUAACUGUCGCCGAGUUAUCACCCUCGGUGAGACCCAUUUAGGUAAAAUGCAGAAAAAGGAAUAUAAACUUGAAUUAAGUUAAAUUACGAUACGAGUAUAUUGUUAGAAAAAAAGCCUUAUUCAGUUCAACUUCAAUCAAAUCUUGAAAUUUUAGACAAUAUUUCAGUUUUAGGGGAGUAUUUAUAGGGAGUCACCCUUAUUUUUAUUAAUUGUUUGUCUACAUUCGAAAGCUUGAGAAGUGUCUUUAAGGCGAAACUUGGUUUUUUAUCAAUUUAGGUAAUUCUGAUCUGAUUUUAAGAUAUUACUGAUUUUCAGUUUUUAGCGAACUGAAUUACGGUUUAAAACUAGGAACUCACACUGCUCUCGUUAGUUUUAUGCAUAUUUUUUUGAAGAUACGCUAAUGAAUAAUCUCAGAAUUUAAUGCUGAAAAAAACUAGUCUCACUAGGGAACGUUUUUUUACUUGAAUUUUUUUGAUGAAACUUUGCUGGAGUGUACUUUAGAACCCCCUAAUUGCAGAUCAAGAAGAAAAAAAUCUCGCAAUAGAUCUUGUUUUUCGAGUUAGGACACUUCAAAAUCUUGAAAUAGCGCUUUUUUUGUCAUAUUUGCGUAUUUUGCACGCUUUGAAGUUCCAUAAAAAUUUUCUUUUUGUUCUGGAAAGGGGUUCAGAAAAACACUUAAGCAAGGUUUCAGAAAAAAGUUAAACCGUGAGCUAAAAAGUGUCCCCUGAAAAUUUUCUAGAAUAUUCUAUAAUUCCUUGUCACUCAACAUUAAAUGAAUUUCUUUAUAUUUUCAUUUGAUUUCAACAAGACCCCUUGAGUAGUUCUAAUCGUAGCAGUUAUGUAGGGAAUUUAUUUUCACAGUUUUCUCUCGAGAAAUAACUAUUUAAAGCUGGCCAACGGGAUCCCGGAGGCACGGCGGCCCGGGCGCCGACUGGAAGUUGUCGCGUGAGUUGUGUCCACUGCAACCAAGUCUUCCUCUUCAACACGCUCACCAACUCGCUGGCCACCUGUCCGCACUGCAAACGAAGGUAGGCUGUUGGAAUAUGAACCCUCAGAUGAUCAAGAGCUCAAUUAGUCCCAAAAGAUGGGUUAACAUAUAGCUGAUUUACGGCCAGCUUGGGACGCUAAGGGAGCGUGUCCUGGCUGCGCUCUCCACGAGCCAGGCGCUAUCUCGUGCAUUAUCGUGUCAGGACCCGUUCUUUAUGGCUCAAGUCAGCCGUGAAUCAGCUAUACGAAAAUACAGAAAAAUAAGUAGUUGAUUUAAUUUUUGACAUGAUGGAGUUAGUUUCGGCAGUAUAAUAGUAACAAGUUUUAACCUCAGGGAGGUACUCCUGACUUUUUUUCAAAAAAAUACUUUGGAGGGGUUGGCGGCCUUUAAAAAUCAAUCUGCUUAUGUAAGUAUAAAAGCAAUUUUAAACAAUUUUUUUGGAUUCUGAAAAAAAUUGAUGGAAGUUUAUAUGAGUUAUUCUUGUGUUCAAAGUGUCCCCCAAGUAUCAAAUUAGCCGUCAGAGAGGGAGAAAGAUAACUAAAUUUUCGGAGAGUCAGAGAUAUUUUUGAAUUUUGAGGUAUAAAGCAGCUCUAGGUCUGUUUGAAAAACGAUAAUAAGAUGGAUUAACUGAAAGUUUUAAAUUUUAUCGGCUAAGGGCUAUUUUUGCCCCGUUUUUCGUGAAAUUCGAAAUGAUUCUUCAUAAUUUUGCGUUGUUAUUUUUUCCUAUCUCAAAAGAUUAAUUAUAUUUGGCCGAGAUUUAUUUAAACGAGAAAAAUUGUGCCGAUUUCCGGCGUAAACUUUUAAAAACGGAAUCUAGGGAAACUAAGGAAGAAAUUCCAAAAAAAGGUUUUUGUUUAUUCGAAUUUUCGAAGUUCGAAAGCAUUUGUGAACAAGAGGGUGUUCAGAGAAACAUAACGUUUACUCUCUUCAUUUUGAACGCUCUCUAACUUCCGACACUUUGAGGCUUUUUUAAAAAUCAUUGGUAGGUAAGAGAGUGCUCAGAGAAAAAAAGUGGCUUUCUUCUAUUAACUCUCUCUAACUUUUCAAUACUCGAGGAUUUGUUUGAAAGCAUUGGAAAAUAAGAAAAAUGUUUAGAGAAAAAAAUUUCGUUCUCUUAUUUUUUUGAACGCUCUUACUUUUUGAACAUUCGAAUGUAGGCCCUGUUUCGCAUAUAUAUAUAUGUCUUUUUAUUCUCAAAAAUUUAUUUUUCCAUUUCAGCUCAACGGUUGGCGGAUUCGCUCGCCGUCGUUCUUUGAUGUUCCUGGCGACGACCGUCGUUUUGGCGAUCCUCUCAGUUGUUCUGACCGUUUUGAAGACGAGAGCGGUGAGUUGAAAAAAAUUGAAAAAAAUGAAAAUACUUUUUUAAAAAAAUUGUUCGUCUUUUAGAACUUUUCUGCAGUAAAUUUGAAACAGGGAAAUCCAAGAUCGUUUUAUAUUUUUUCUUGAAGAUUUUUCUUGAAGGGCGAAUUUUCAUCAAAAGUUCAACCGGGAGAAAAAAAAAGACGUUCCCUAGUUAGUAUAAGCGUAAUUCUCCAAUAUUUGAAUUCAAAGGAUGUUUUUUUCAGUCGUACAAUCCAUUUUGGACCUACCUCGGGUUGAUUUUUUUCUCUACGCGACGACCGUCUACAGCGGCUACAAAUUUUUUAAGUAUUCGAUGAUCAAAAUGAGCACGGUGAUCGGGCCAAUGUGAUUGGGCCAUAAUACCUUCCUUUUCCCUCCUAUGAAUGUCUAUUUGCAAAUGUUGUCCCCUCAAUAUUCGUUGUACUAUAUUUGGUUAAUUUUAAGAUUUUUUUCCUUGCGUAUUGCUCCAAAAAACAUUGGUUGUUAUUCUCAUUUUCUAGGAGGUUUUUGUGAAAAAUUGAAGGGUUUUUUGGAAUUUUUCCAUCAAAAAGUCGCAUUCACUUGACUGAGAAAUAGUGUCCGAAAAGAGGAGGUUUAGACGUUUAUUUAGUACUUUUUGUCACAAGAUAGCUGUGAAUAGAGUUUGCGCAAAAAUGCUUGAAAAAUUUCCGAUUUGGAUAGACUUUUCAGUUCUAAUGACUAAUUUAGUGGAAUUUGGCUAGAAUUCUUCGAUUUUAUCAGAAAAAUGAGGAAUUUUCACUCAUUUUAGUGCUAUAAUGACAAGGAAAUCUCAAAAAUCUCUCAUUUUCCCACAAAUUCCCCUCCCUUCUUUGCUCCUUUAUCAAACUGGUCAACAAUUUUUCUCCUUCCAAGUCGCCCCCUCUAGUUGCAUUACAGUUGUGUUCACUUACGGUAAUUUUUUUCAUUUUCUAGAGACGGUUUCUCAGUUAAAAGAAGCAAAAAAUAACUUGUUUUAUCUAUAUUUUCGAGGAUCUGCUCGGGUGCUUUGCUUAAGAUUUGAGACACAAUUCUAGUUUUUUUUUCGCAUUUUUUUCUUGAAAUUAUUGAAACUCUUGUGUAGCUUUUUACUCUGACUGAUUUGCAGGGACUUUUUUUCACGGAUAGAUUGUUUUUAAUGCGGUUUUUCGAGUUUUUAGGCUGAUUGGGAUAGUUUUUGGAUAAUUUUUGAGCUUUUUUUUUUGAUUUUGUGUAUUUUUUAAUGAUAAGCAUGCGUUUUGAAGAGUUUCUAGAGGAUAUACAAGCUAUUUGAAAAAUUCAGAGUUCUAUUCGACAGUUUAUAGAUCAUUUUACGUCAGAAAGAGCUUUUUGAAGCUUAAGAAGCUUUUUAAAAAAUUUAACAAAGUUUCGAAAGGUUUCAGAAGAAAAGGGCUCAAAGUAGUCUUUGAAAAAAGUCCUCUAGCUUGAUUUGAAGGUUUUUGAACCAUUCUUACUCAGAAAAAAGCACUUCCGGAAUUUAUUACGUAUCUCCUCAGCUUUUGAGCCACGUAAACCCGGAAAAUGACCUUUUCACAAAAAAAGAAGCUUCUAAAAAUAACAAUCUAUUCGUGAGUUGGAACAUUCUUUCGCAAUUUCCAACGUUGCGAAAUCGAAUUUCCUUCCCUUCUAAUCGUUUUUUUUUCUUCAAUCAUGUUUAAUAAUUUGGAAAUUUUUCGUAUUGUACUUAUACUAUCUAUACACAUUAAUUUGACGCGUUCUUAUUUGCCUCCCCCCACAGAAUCGGUCAUUUUUCCUUUUAUAUGAUUAUUACGUUGAAAAAAGGUAUUGAGAAUAUUUAUUAACAUCGAAAUAAAGCUUGUAGAAUGUUUUUUUCGAUUUCUGGAUUUUGAGAAGAAAGUUUUGAUGCAUUGUAAAGCGUACUUGUAUGGAAAUUUCGUGCCUUUCAGAUUUUCAAAAAGAAAAAUUCAGCUUUUUCGGGAAGCUUCUUCUCGCUUCAGUUGGAAGUCAUGCAGAAGCAGGUGAAGGUAGAUUAUUUAUAUUUUAUUAUCUCUACAUUUUAUUUUUUUAUUUUUUUGAGAAAGUUGAGACGAUUUUGAAAGAAGAACAUGCCUUUUUUUGAUUUCUCAAGUUUUUUUCGGAGUUUUUUUCCAGAGUUUUUUUCCGCGACAUGCUUUUUUUGUCAACUUUUGUCAUUUGGAACGUUAUUUUUUUCAAUAUUUUGUUUUUUGAAGGAUACCAUUAAGAAUUAAUUUUUCAAGGUCUCUAUUUCAAUGCACCAACUGAAAAUAAUUUUCAUAAGCCUAAAUUUUUAUCUUGAAUUAAAAAUAAUUGAUCAAGCAAGUUUAAAAAAACUACCCUCUUCUUUCAAAAAGGAAGCUUCCGAUCUUGAAAAAAACGAAAAAAAUUUGAGAGGUUGCAAAAACGAAUUCAUGUAUUAUUUUUUUAAAUAACUAAAAAAAUACAGAAUUUAGCUUUUUUUAAAUUCAUGAAUAAAUUUGAAAGUUUUAUAUUUUUUUAAAAUAGUUUUGAAAUACAUUGUCGCACGCAAGAAACAAUUCCGAAAAAUAGAAUUUUCAAUAUACCCAUUAGUUGAAGCGUAUAUCAAAAAGUAAGUUACUCUAAAUCCUAAGCUUUCUUUUUUUCUCAUCACGUUUUUUUCUUUUUAUCAACUUUAUUUUUGGUCACAUUUUUUAUUGAAAAACAUCUUCUUUAUACAGAUUUAGACGAGGAACGUAAUUUCACUGUUUCGGCAUUUCCUAAAAUUUGUCAGAACCCUUUCGAUUCACUAUGUGAUGGCAUUUGUUUUAUGGAACGUUCCCUGGUUAAAGUUUUUUUUUUCAACUGUGAACUUCAUUCACCUUUUUUGUAAGGAACUUUUUUAUAAAAAAGAUUCAUUGAUUUUCGUUCAUGAGUAACUUUGAGCGUUAAAUUCACCUCAAAUUUAUUAUUUUUUUUUCCUUAUAAGAAGCUGGAAGGCGUACACUCUGUUGUACUCAUGCCGUGUUCAAAGUAAUUUCGCGAAAUGCAAAAUAGCCGUCAGAGAAAGAAAAAUAUAACUAAAUUUUGGAGAGUCAGAGAUCAUUUUGCAUUUCGUGAAAUAACUUUGAACAUGGCAUCACCUUUCCCACUUUUUUCAAGUUCAUUCCAUUGAAUUUGAAGAAGCUGGAAGGCAUCGCUGAGACGGCGAUCGCCGAGAUGACGGCCCACAAGAUGCCGCCCCUCCGGAACUACUCGACCAAGCCGCGGCUCAUCUACCAAACCGUCCACGGCGUCAACGGACCCCUCGUCAUCCUCACCGACGUCAAGUUCCCCCAGUACAACGAGAUCGUCAAGAUCACGUUGGCCGACGGGACCAAGAGGUCCGGACAGGUCCUCGAGAUCAGCAAGAACAAGGCCAUCGUUCAGGUUUCUAUUUGAGGAAUUGUUCACUUUCUGCAUUUUUUUUAGAUCUUCAAGAAAUUUUUUUGAAAUUUGUAUAAAGUCUCAUCGAGUUUUCAGAAGUGCCUUAUAAGCUUCCCUCAAAAGUAUCCAAGAACCUCUUUUUUUGAAUAGAGUAAAUCGAUUUUUAUAUGAGUGAAGUAACACCAGGACCCUACAAAAAACAAAAAGCCGAUUUUAAAAUAGGAAAAUGGUCCCAAAAAUUUUUUCUGCACAUUUUUGUUAUCAUUUUCCUUAAUAUUUUCCCAUUUCUAGGUCUUCGAAGGAACGUCCGGAAUCGACGUGAAACACACGGUCUGCGAGUUCACCGGCGACAUCCUGAGAAUGGCCGUCUCGGAAGACAUGCUCGGCCGGAUCUUCAACGGCUCCGGAAAACCCAUCGACAAAGGUCCGCCAGUGCUAGCCGAGGACUUCCUCGACAUCAACGGGCAGCCGAUCAACCCCUGGACCCGGAUAUAUCCCGAAGAGAUGAUCCAGACCGGCAUCUCCGCCAUCGACGUCAUGAACUCGAUCGCCCGCGGGCAGAAGAUCCCGAUUUUCUCCGCCGCCGGCCUGCCUCACAACGAAAUCGCAGCACAGAUUGUGCGCCAGGGCGGCCUCGUUCAGGUCCCCGGCAACAUCGUCAAAAAAGAGUCGACGGCUAACUUCGCGAUCGUCUUCGCCGCCAUGGGUGUCAACAUGGAGACGGCGCGUUUCUUCAAGCAGGACUUCGAGGAGCACGGAUCCAUGGAUUCCGUCUGCCUUUUCCUGAACCUCGCCAACGAUCCGACCAUCGAACGGAUCAUCACGCCCAGGAUCGCCCUGACUGCGGCCGAAUUCCUGGCCUAUCAGUGCUGCAAACACGUGCUCGUCGUCCUCACCGACAUGUCUUCCUACGCGGAAGCCCUGCGGGAAGUCUCUGCCGCCCGUGAGGAAGUGCCCGGAAGACGAGGCUUCCCCGGGUACAUGUACACCGACCUGGCGACCAUCUACGAGAGGGCCGGACGAGUCGAGGGAAGGGAGGGAAGUAUCACCCAGAUUCCCAUCCUCACCAUGCCCAACGACGACAUCACCCAUCCGAUUCCUGACCUCACCGGGUAUAUCACCGAGGGACAGAUCUACGUCGAUCGACAGCUCCACAAUCGGCUCAUUUAUCCGCCCAUCAAUGUUCUGCCCUCGUUGUCCCGGCUCAUGAAGAGCGCCAUUGGAGAUGGUUAGUUUGAAGGAAUUUUGUCUCUGAUGACAUCACGGUUCUCCAAUCUAGAAUUAGUGAAAGAAAUUUAGUUUUUCUGACUUUUUUGAGGUUUGGAUGAAAGUUGAAAAACCCCUUGAAAACGUUUGAUAUUACCGUGAAAAGUUCAAAAAUUCGGGUUCCUUUCUUUCUGAAAAACUUUGAGCUUCAAACUUUACCUUCUUGACGAAAAUUAGUAGGUUAAUGGUUCAAGUAACAAAUAAAAAUGAACAGGGUCUACGGAAAAAAAAGUUUAGAAAUUUUGAAGCUUUAUGCUUUAGAGAAUGUAUGGUAAAAAUAAAAAGUUUGAAAAGUUAGGACCACGGCAAAAUUUGGCCAAAUUGCACCCUUUUUCUUUUAAAAGUUUCUCAAAAAUAGCUCGAAAGCUUGCAUGAGCUCAAGAAUGAAACAAAUCGUCCCUCUGACUAGUGAGUCUGAGUAAGUACGACUCUCAAAAGAACACUGAAAAGAUGUCAAAACCUCUUGAGGGGCCCCUAAAUAGUACCACCCUCCCAUUGGAUAAGAUAUUGAGUCGAGUUCAUUUGAGGGAUGACCCGGGAAGACCACGCUGACGUCUCCAACCAGCUCUACGCCUGCUACGCAAUCGGCAAGGACGUGCAGGCUAUGAAGGCGGUGGUCGGCGAGGAGGCCCUCAGUUCCGACGACCUUCUCUAUCUCGAGUUCCUGCUCAAGUUCGAGAAGAACUUCAUCGCCCAGGGCCACUACGACAACCGGACCGUCUUCGAGUCGCUGGACAUCGGCUGGCAGCUCCUCAGGAUCUUUCCCAGGGAGAUGCUCAAGAGAAUCCCGAGAAGUGUCCUCGACAAGUACUACCCCAGGCCUACCGUCGAAACACCGUCGCAUUGAACUUUCUGUAUAUUCUUGGUCUUUUCUGAAUUUUACACGUCUUUUUGAGGUUGUGUAGAUGAUCACCUUGUGAUUGGGUCUAAAAAUGGACAUUCUUGAAUUUUUCAAUAUCUGUUGAUUUCCGAAAUUUUAGGGAUUAACGGUCGUAAAUCUAAAUCAAAGCGGCAUCGAAUAUCUUAAAUUUGAAGUUUACCGUCUGUAAAUGAGUUCAAAAGAUGAAAUAAUCAAAUUUUACAUCAUAAAAAUAACAAAAGCUUUGAAAAUCCCAGGUUUUGAAGCCAUUUUCGGACCGUAAAUGAUCAUUUAAACGACCUCUCAAGUCCUUUCCCAUGUCAAUUUCUUAUUUUUCCUCAUUUUAUCUCUUUAUCACGUUUUCUGCAAUCUUAAAGCCUUGCUGUAUAUCAGACUGCAGUUUCAUGACUUCAAAUCACUUUUUUUAGAACUAUAGACCAUUUUUCUGUUGCUUUUUUUUCUGCUUUUAUUCAAAAUUUACUGGUUUUCCUGAGUUUCGCCGGUUUUCUUCUCCCCCGUGACAUAAUAACAAUGUGCUUUACUGUUUUUCACCGGUUUUCAAAGUGCUUUACUUGGAAUCUAUCAAGUUUUUUAUUAUCACUUUUACUGGUUUUUUUCUUUAGAAGUAUAAACUUUUUAUUGCCAGUUUGAUUUUAUUUUCAUAUUUUGAAUGAGUUCAAAGGCUUGAAUAUCUUUUUCCAGUCAAAUUUCAAUUUUUCCGAAGUUGUCCAAUUUCCCAAUAAAGAUAGCAAGCCGCAAGAGGCUAUACAUCCGAUUGCGGACACUCGUAGUCUCGUUGGGGGUAUAGCUCAGUGGUAGAGCGCUCCCUUUAGCAUGGGAGAGGGCUGGGGUUCAAUUCCCCAUACCUCCAUAAAACUUUUUGCCUUUUAUUUUCUUGUCUUUUUUGUUUCUUUAGUUCUUUAAAGCUAACUGAUAGAAGUAUAACUGUAAAUAAAGUCGAUUUUAGUAUUUUGAAAUCAUUUUCAAAGUAAAUAUCGACUUAACCAGUCCAAAAAUUCAUAUCAAGGCUUCAAAUGUUAGACCAUUUCUUCAGAUUAAGGCGUUAACUUUGUACCGGGAACUACUGAAACACUCUCGAACUCUUCAGUAUACUGAUAAGAAAUAUUAUUUGAAAAGAGUCCGUGCGGAAUUCGAGAAAAAUCGAAACGUGUCGGAAGCUCAACGCGAAAAGUUGAUCCAGGUUUGUUUUUUCUGAGAAAUUUUUUUGGAAAAAAGAAGGUUAUAGAGGAAAAAUGUUGAGAGAAAGGCUAUUAUGAAGUAGAAAUCAAGUUAGAACGUCAAAAGUGGUUAAGCGGAUUUUUUUCAUGUGAACUUUGAUUAAUUUAUUCUACCUUUACAAAAAUUGAAUGAACUGAACUCAAUUCAAAAUUUUCCAUUUUUCAGUGGGGCGAAAGUGUCCUGAAGCUGAAAAGAAUCAUCUGAAAGAACCAUGGUUUGCGUUCUAGGAAUCGAAGGAUCCGCCAAUAAAAUUGGGGUUUUCGCCAAAAUACUUACGCAAUUAUAAGAAAGAUUGUUUAGGUUGGAAUAAUUAAAGACGGAGUUGUUCUUUCGAAUCCGAGAGAAACUUUCCACGCUCCGCCUGGCGAAGGUUUCCGACCCAAAGAAAGUGCCGACCAUCACAGGCAAAAGGUUGGAAACGGUCAGAAGAAGAACAGUAGAAAGUAGUCGGAGAAGGACGGGAGGGCUUGACUUUUGAAAAACGUUUUCAUGUUUUCAAUACAAGGACUUGCGGCUUCCAAACAUCUAGUUAAAAAGUAUAAAGAUCAGCUAAAAAUAAUAAUAAUAAAAAAAGGUAUAGAAUCAAUGACAUCAAUAAAUGAACUUUUUAAAUACCCUCGGUUGGGUCGCGAUGGGAAUCGAACUUGUGACCCUUUGGUUCUUAGACAGACACGCAACCUGUUGCGCUACGGCGUGCCCAAUACUUUGUAUAUAAAUUCUUUCUAUUGUUUAAAUAUUAGGUAGUUCAACUGGUGGCGAAGGCUCUGAGUGACGCCGGAAUCCGUGAACCGAAAGAGGAAAUCGAUGGGAUCGCCUACACGAAAGGGCCCGGAAUGGGCGCCCCCUUGCAGGUUCUUUCUUUGAUUUUCACUUGA